AACAACUAUAACAUAAGAGUGAACUUGAGAAAGGAUGAAACCAAUUCCAACCCGAGCCUCACCAUGAAUCUCAAAUAGGAGCCGCCUACAAUUCAAAGCCCUAGCUAAAAAAAGAAUCUCCAAACACGGCGUGAGCAGUACAAUCCCUAUCGAAGAAAAAUUACCAGGCUAAAUCACAGACCAAUACUUGAAACCCUAGUUGUCUCUCACCUUGGCUAAUUCACUGAAGUAGCUCGUUCAAUCAAGCAGUGAUUCCCCUUGGCAUUUCGGUAAGGAGGUUAACGAACAAGCUUCAAAGUUCAAACAGAAGAGUUAAAUAUCCGACAAGAAUGCACUUUGAGAUGGACGUGAAUCCCUUUUCCCAUUGAUCGAAGGGUUGUAAAUAUUUUCAUGCGAGAGCGACUUUGGCCCAUGGGCUUGUGACUUUGAUCCCAUGGGCUUAUGUUACGGGCCGUAUUGCGGUAACCUACACCAAUCGCGUUUCUUUAGGGCCUCUCCAGAUACAAAAACCUGAUGGUGAUGGAUUGGGAUUUUUCACAAUUUGGGAAAUUGUAGGAACCAUGAUGACGCCAGAGCGGCAAGAGCGACGUGAUGCGGGGAGCAUCUGCCGGCGGCGCAAGUUCUACCGCACUGAACAAGGCAAAGGCCAGCGGCGUCGGCAGCCACUUUGAAUCGCGGUCCGGUGGUUCGAGUGGUACAGCCAAUCUCAAAGGAGAGAAUGCAACAGGUUCAUCGAGCGAGCAUCACGUAAAGGCAGCUGCGAUCACGGCGCACAACUACAGACCCGGUGGAGGAGCUUAUGCAGAGUUUCUCAAAGAUGAGUGUUUGAGCAUGUGGGAGCAUCCCGACCGCACUUCCUGCCAGAAUCCAGCUUCGACUCUUAUGAAACAUUUGGAAGACAAUGCUAAAGGGAUGACCAUUAAUGCAGAGCCGACAUUUGUGCCAACCUCCAACCGCAAGAAGAUUCAAUCCAGCUUCUGGGAAGAGCUCCUUGAAAAGUGUGUGAAGGAGCAUGGAAGUUUCACGCAAAAGUGCGAUAUCCAAAGGCAAAGGGUGUACGAGUGCUUUGGCUCUUAUUAUGACGGUGGUAUUAUUGCUUAGAAAUUGAUUCUGUCUGCACAAGUUGAUGAUUGAAAUGCACCAUUGUUAUUAGCACGUAAUUGUUUUUGGAAUCAAAUAGGAAGUCGGGCUACUAAAUUAUGUGCAGCUAAAUAAAGUAGCAGAAUGUCUAAAUGAAAUACUCUGCUCAACACUAGUAGUUCAUUCUGUUAUCCAAACCUAUUUGUACACAUGCUUUCUCGACAUCAUUUGUACACAUGCUUUAUUUGAAAGAAUAUGUUCCUUUCCACCUGCUACUGCAUUCCAAAUCAAUUCCUUUGCAUAUUUGUCCGUUAUCCUCCCAGGCAUGGCUCAAGAUAGGGUGAGUAACCAUAGAGUGAGUAACAAUGAGUAACCAAAUCUGGACCCUUCUUUUAAGUGGCUGCAGAUCUAAGGGUGGAGAAUUAAAGGAAUUUAUUUUCCCUAGUUUUCUUAAUUGGAUCAUAUCUUCUUCAUUCUAACUCGGAUUUCAAUUUUUUUUGCAUAGAUGGAACGAGUUCGUUGUGCUCUACAAAAUUAUAUACAUUUUCAAUUUUUUUUGAGAAAAAAAUUUUCAUCCCUCUCGUUACCAACUCCAUACCAUAUGAUAUCUCCUUCGUUGUUUAGUCAUUUUCGGAAUUUUUUGCACAAAAGGAACGAUUUAAUCAUGAUCUAUUGGAUUUCAAAAUUUUAUGGGAGAAAAAAUUUCAUACCUCUCGUUACCAACUCCAUACCAUACUAUACCACCCUGGUAUGAGGUGGUAUUUUUCAUACCAUAUGGUAUGCUGUUAUUUAAUAUCAGUCAAUACCAUAUGGUAUUGACUGUUAAUAACUGGCAAAUUUGUUUUGUUCCAAAAAUAUCAAAGUGGAUAUCAUUUUGAAGAGCACAAUUAAUAUAAUCUAACUGUGCAAAAAAAAAAAUUAAAUUCCGAGUUAAAACGAGCGAGAAAUCGUCCGUUAAAGAUUAAGGGAGAGAAAUUAAUGAUUUUUCCAGGAGAGAGAAGGAGGCGCUGAUGUGGUAGAUUCUUAUUGGGUUAUGCAUGGGGUUACUCACCACAAGAUUACUCACCGGAUCUGCUCCCGAGAAGAAGGAGGUUGAUCUCACUUUAGCCAAAUUCAUCAAAUUGGAUGAGUCAGAGGAUCAUUCAAAUCAGGAAAGAAGACUCUUUUUUCCCAUUAAGACAAAAAAUUAAAAACAACACUGCUCACAGACCAUGGCAUAAGGGUAUUCAAAUUCAGCAUACAUAAGCAGUAGCAGACAUAAGGGUGAGUAGCAAAGUGAAGGAAAAUCACAUCACAAUACCCAUUAAGAGCAGAUACCUAUUGUAUUCCACUACAAGUCAUGCAAACAAAAGUCCAGAAGUUGGUGCAAACAUACUGCGGACCCUGCAAAUCCAAAAUGAACCAGACAAAAGAAAGCAUUUAACUACAGGGCGGAAAAAUAAACAAGCAAUAUCAAAAAGAAAUUACUGAGCCCAGCAGAACUAUUUUGAUAAACGAGUAUAUGCUUACCAAGGAGUUGCAAUUGAUGCAUCGACGAUUUGGGGGCAGCUUCAACAGCCCUCUGAUAAUCUUUUCGUUACGCUCUUCUUCUCUCCUACUUCCCAUCACCGACAGCUUUGACAACCAGGAACCAAAAGCCUUCUUUCAAGUUACAAUCACUCACAAAACUCGCAAAGGCCAGAGAAAAAGAAAAGAUAGAUAAGUAACGAAACAACUUCGAUUCCUUUCUCUUUUUCUUGAGAAACAAAGAAGGAAAAUAAAUACUCUAAUCGCAACCAGGAGAAAAGAAGAACAAGGGUGAAGAUGGGAGAUGAAUCGAGGGCUUGUGAGUUGAGGGUUUUUUUAUUCUAUCCCUUUUUCCCAAAUCUGUUUGUUGUACUAUGGAGUAAGGAAUGUCAUGAAACCCCUGAAUUUCUUCUCUUAGUUGUAUAGUAACUCCUAGCUUUGGCCAAAUGAGUUUUGUUUUAUCUUUUACAUUAAUUAAUGUAUAAUUAUAUUUAAAAUAUUUAUUCGAUUAAUUUUAUUUUCUGUAAUCAAUUUCAUCAUGAUUUUAAAUAAAUUGAGAUUUUCUAAAAUAGUUAAUUCAUUAUUUCAAAGUAAUCUUUAUGAUAUUUGUUGAUUAUGAUAUUAAUGAUAAUUAAUUAAUAUGUAUUUUUUUUACCAAGUCGUCCUAGUUUACUGUUGUGUAUUUUUUCAUAUCUUAGAAGAAAUUUGUGAACUUUUUAUUAUUGGAAGAACACGAAAGCAUAAUGCUUAUUAUAUAAAUUUUUUUUACCAAGUCGUACUAGUUUACUGUUGUGUAUUUUUUCAUAUCUUAGAAGAAAUUUGUGAACUUUUUAUUAUUGGAAUAACACGAAAGCAUAAUGCUUAUUAUAUAAAUUAUUAUAAUUUAAUGUAUAGGUUUGUUUGAAUAAUAAGUGGCGGUUUUUCAUGUGGAGUUAAUAGCAUAAAUUGUCACUCUAUUAUCCAUUUUUCUCAAAUCUAUCCCUCUAUUAUUUUUCACAUCAAGCAUGUCCUCAUAAUAUAUAGUAUAUACGUUUUUUCAAAUUAAAUUUAGCACAUUUUUAUGGCUUAUCUUCUCCAUAUGCAACUCCCAAUAAUUCGUCGGGUAUUUGAAGGACAUGCUCGGUUUUCCCAAAAUGGUGUGCAGCAGUAAGUCAUCGAAGCAGACAAAACCCUGUCUCAGGCUUAAUUCCCCGGUCGAGGAUUAAGGGGUCCACACUGGGGAAAUCACUGGACGACUUCCCCAAUCUCUGAUGGCAUUUCCCCAGUCGGGGUUUUGAUGCCUGACCGGGGAUUCUGGUCCUUGAACUCCUUCUUUCGUCCCCUUAGUGCGUUUGACCCGAACUCGCUCCCAAGCCUGCAUAGCUGCUCUAAGACCUGUUAAUUUUGGCAAGGGUUCCAACCUGUUAAUUUCAUAAAACAGUGCUCCCACCUAGCAAAGAUUUUGAGGGAGCCCAGCUCUUACCGGCCAUGCCGGGAGCAGAUGUCUCAAGUCUCGUGCGGGGGGAAAGAGAUGUAAGGGGGAUGGAGGUAAUAGGUGGAAAUUGGGAACAGAUUCCCGUCUACCCUUACACCCUUUCACCGAUUUUCACACGAGAGAUUGUUGUAAAAGCACAAUGUAGAGCACCUUUUUCAAAACAUGAUACAUGAGUCCACAAAAGGUAGAGAGUCAUCGAUACCACACAAUUCAAGUGUACUAAGAUCACUAAUUCACACAAUCAUCCAACACAAUAUGAAGAAGAAAGGAGAUUUCUUAACUGCAUCAACAUCCUCCAUAGUGCUACACUACCUCACUAGGUUGCAUAUUACUAUAAAGACUGUCAAUUCAAAGCAUACUGAGCAGAAAAUUGCAAGGAAUACGUACUUGGAGCCCUCAAAUCGAAAUUUGGACAGCGGACUAGGCUCCAAGCACACAAACACAUCUAAUCAGUCAGAUAGAAACACACCCCACACUUAAGGUCGACAUUGCCCUUAAUGGAGAAGAGGAAAAGAUAAGGGGAACAAUGUUACUGGGAAGAACAGACCGCAUCAGGAUUGGAGAGUGGACCAGUCAGCAUGAGCACACGAGCUAGAACAGAAAACAACCACUCAACACAAAGUCGUUAGGAAGAGUUGUCAUCCCAAUGGCACAAUAUCCAAAAGAAAAAAACACAAAAAAUAUGCACUCUUCUAAAAAAACAAAACAAAACAACCAUAGAGGAGUGGAGCCAGCGAGUACAGCCUACUCGAGGCAAUCGAUGUCGAUGUUGUUCAUGAUGUCAUCAAAGUCCUUGGGCGGAGGUGGUGGUGGUGGAGAGUGGAUCCACGGAAUAGUCCAAUGGUGCUCCUAGUGGCAGGACUGGGGUAGAUGCUCUUGGUACUCCAUCAUCCGGCGGCUUCGGUCUCGCGGCGGCUUCGGUCACGCUCAUGCUCAAUAUGAGCAACGGUUACGCCCUGCCGAGUCUCGAGGCAGUCAAGACGCUCAUCAUAGGCAUCCAUGCUGGCGCCGUACUCGGCCUGAUGGGCCGCAUACUGCUGCUGGAACUGAUGCUGGUGAGCCAAGAGAUGUUGGUUAUGUAGAUCAGCUGUUGGAACUGGAGAGCCUUCUGCUGGAACUGGUCGGUGAAGAACUCCAUCGACGAAACAGAAGGACCGAAGGAGGACUCGCCUCGCUCGUAUCUCCGUCGUGGAGGAAGAUCCCCAAGUGGGGACAACGCGAGCUACAUCUCAACAUCAUCAUCAGCACCACCAUCAUCAUCCUUGUCAUCAUCAUCACCAUCCUCAUCGGACUCCUCAUCCUCAUCAGCACCACCAUCAUCAGAUGGCAUGGAAAGACCAUCCACCCACUCUCGACCAUCAACUGAGUUCAAGAGAAGAGCGUUGAAGCGGACGUCCCUGCUGAGCGGGUGGAAGCCUAACUGAGCAAAGGCGGCAGUCAAAUCCCGUAACUCCACCUCAAAGUGUCAGGCUAGACAAGUGAUCAGGGGAUUAAAAUAGAGGUAUUUUGGCUUAGCAUGGCACUUGGUGAACGUCUUUGGCUUGACCAAACCGAGGUGCAGGCUGUAGCUCGGAGUCCGCAUAGCAAACAUGCAGUAGAGCACAGGCUUCGUGAGCUUGUGCGGGCCACUGACAUUGGGAACCAUCGAGCGAGUGAGAAGAAGGUUGAGGAUGUGCCACUUAGGUCGGUGAGUGGUAACAUUGGUCUACCCGGCCUCGAACUGCUGCUCACUAACCUCCGACCGACAAAUCUGGUGGUAGAAGUCAUUGACAUGAAGCCCAAUUCGUUAGCUUCCUCCUUAAAAUCAUGCCCUGGCGGGUAUACGAUGCCCAAAGCUCGUGUAAGGGAAAUCAUGCUCAUCUUCCUCUCGAUCUCGCCCAAUCGGAAAGAAAUGGCAUCAUGCUGGUCGAUAGGCGCCAAGGACCGGAAUAAGUAGGAGGUGUAGAACUCCCACACCAACUCAUUGUAAGUAGGCUCCUGAACGGACAGGAGGGUGCGCCAUUUACGAUGAGUAAUCGCAGCGGCCAUCUCACCGUAGCAGUGGAGUGCCCAAAAAACGUCGAAGUCGAGGUGAUUGUGGGGCUUGAAAGAACCAUCCAGGACCUCCUGGAACUUCGAAUGGGCCUCGGAGGUGGGAGCUACAUGUCACAGAUAGCGGUGGUUACGAGACAUGAUCGCCGACGGGAGGUGGUGUGGCGACGCGUCGGCCGACCAUGAUGGAUGGCGACAAAAUGCGCCAUAAAUGCUGGGGAAGAUGCGCCCCGACGAGUAGACCCCAAGCCUGCAUAACUGCUCCAAGACCUAAAAUAUAUCACUGCAAGAACAAUCUAGCGUGAAAACGGCUCAAUACACGAGAAUCGAGUCUCAAACAGUAUAAGAAAGGUGGGCAAAAACAUGUGCAAAUACUGAGUUAUCACUACCCAACUAAAUCUACAAAUAUAUAAUAGUCGAGUUGGGAGUAGUUUUUCAGUAACUAUGAAUCUGAAUUGAGCAUGCACAAAUCAAAAGGAAAUUCAAUCCUCCUUUUAAUAACCCAUCUUCAUUUCACCGUUUCUAAAUGGUCAUCAAUAUGGAUCAAUACAAGAAAGAUUCCAGGCAUUUAUUCACCUAUCAUACACUUCUUUUCUCUAAUUUUCACCUCAUUAUAUUUCCAGAGGAAUCACGACAAGAUACCAGAGUAUGACACUACACUAAGGAUGGAAAGUACAUAGUUAAAUUGGGAUAUCACCUAAUGAUCUGAUAGUAAGCAGGAAACCGAUGGUGCUUAUAAUCUACCCACCCACUUGGAAAAAGACAUGGAUUAUUCAAGUCUCUCCAAAGCUUAAAUUCUUCACGUGGCAAUGCCAUAGCGUCAUUCUCCCCCUUGUGAUAGCCUUACAAACACGUGGCGUUAAAUACCUCAAUAGAUAUCUUGUAUGCUGGAGACAUAGAGAGAGCAUUGAACACUUAUUUUUCAGAUGCCCCAUAGUCACCAAGUUGUAGACCUUAGUGGGAUUGAGCAACUUCAUUGAUCUGCCCCGACUGUAAACUUUAGUCUAUGGUGGCGACAUAUGUCAUGAUCUCUAAAAUAUCCCCAUUCCACAUUUCCAAUGCAUCUGUUUAUUUUGGAGAAUCUGGAAAUCUAGAAAUAAAGUGAUUUACGAAUUCUACCAACCUCAUGUCCGUUCCCUAGCCAGACAAUUCUACAACUAGGUUCUAGAAAUUUAUGUUUGCUCCCCCUCCUCCACCCCCAUGUCAAUCCUCCCAUUUCCUCCUCCACCAGCUUGGACGCCUCAUCCGUCGACUUUUUGAAGAUCAAUUUCGAUGCAUCUAUUUGCGACUCAUGGUGCUCGUCUAGUCUUGUUGUCUGUGGCUCAGAUGGGAAUGUGGUGGUGGCAUCCGGUCUGCGUCACCAAGGAGUAGUCAAACCUUACCUGGAAGAGCUCCUAGCAGUGAGAGAUGUUAUCUCCUUAGUCGAUUCGAGUUUCUUGAUUCACGUGAUGGUGGAAGGUGACUCUGAGGUGGUCGCCAUCCAGAUCCGGCAGGGUGUAGUAGAAGAUUCUGUUGAAGGUCCGAUUAUUUGGGAGUAUCGUCAGAUCCUAGACUAUUUGUCAGUUCGUAUAGAGUUUAGGGCGGUUCCUAGGGCCGCCAACAGUGCUGCCCAUAGAGUGGCGCUUAAAGCACUGGUUUUGUUUCUCCUAGAGUUACAGUCUUUCUUCUUAGGUGGGUGCAUUAGGUUUCGAUUGUAAGGGUUCCUGAAUAGUUUUGUUUGUAUAACUCUUAUCUUCUCUUGAUAUCACUCGGAAAUAAUAAUAAUAAAAGUUUGGCAAAAUACACUUGUAUAGCCAGAACUUUCACAUUUUUUCCAAUAAUAGCCACUUUUGGAGAAAUACACUAAAUAGCCACUUUCGUCUAAUUUUUUAACGGUGUUAACUAACGGUCUGACUGGACUAACAGAAAUACUGACAUGGCAACUGUAUUACUAAGGACAUUGCCAUGUAGAUGCAAAUAGAUAAAAUAAAAAAUAAAAAACAAAUUAACUAUGUAAAAACAAAAUUUAAAGAUAAAGAAGGAACAACAGGCAUGCUCCCCUAGAACCCAUUCUCCACCGCCAGCCAUUCCUAGGAGCCGUAAAUCUGUGUCGCCAUUAACGGAAAGCUAUAGUACCCCAAGAAUCAAAGAUGAACCAUUAUUUCCUCUUUUAUAUUCCCUUUAAGCCACAUGUUUGAAUCCAUUGGAGCGGACUUCACUUUCACUUGAAAAUAACUAAGACCGAUGGAAAUGUGAACAGGUCUGCUGAUCUUAUAGAACAAUCGUCGGCCACCGCGAACAGAGAUCUAAAGGCGUCGACGUUGCAACAACAGUGACGAUGAGGCAGAUCUGAAUCGACCGGUCAAAACCCACUCCCUUUGCUGGUGGUACUCUAUCGGUGAUGGGCGGUUGGGGGCAAGUCCAGCGAAUUUGGAACCCUUCUUUUUCUUGGUUUUCUCUCCUCUCCAUGUUUACUCAGGUUGGGGUUUCUUAGUUCAAAAUCUAUUCAUGCUUGAAUGUGUUUAGAAAAAAUGUAAUCUUUUAGAUGAUUUCACUAUCGGUAGUCUUCUCAUUUGGGAUUAGGAACCAUUUUGAUUCUAGGGUUCGAGUCGAUGGUUGUGGCUCUGUAAAAGUGUAUCGGGGUUGAGAAUCUACCGACGAGUUCAAGGGAAUUUGGAGAUUUUGGGUAUUUCUGGGUUUGGGAGUUUUGUUGCUGGGAAGGGGUUUUGUUCGGAGAUGGAGGGGGUUGGGUCGCUGGUUGGGAAUGAUGGUCGCCGGUCGGGAAUGGGUCGCUGGUUGGGAACGAAGGAUCUCUUCCCUCUCCCACCUAGAUUGCUACCGGACGGGAAGGAAGAUGAUGGAAAGACCGUUCGACGAUCCAACGAGAUAGGUCUCCGAGUGUUAAGCUUGAGCAUGGAAUCAGUGAUGAGCAUUGAGGAUUUGAUUUUGGGAUGGCUAUAAAUGGUUUUCCUGUCCUGGCGAGAGGAAGAAGACGAAAGGGUUUUGUCAGAUUUUUUUUUAAAAUUCAAUUUUGUGAUUAAAGAAAAAGAAAAAUAUUCAUUUGAAUUUUUAAUUAAAAUAACAUGUGGUAUCUACGUGUCACCAACGACUGAGUUGUCGAUGAUGUGUGUGAUGAUUUGGCAUCCUAGUCUGUGUAACGUUAACUUAACUGACGGAGUAUUUAACACCGUUAAAGUUUGUAACGAAAAUGGCUAUAUUUGUUAUGAAACUUUCAAAAUUCAGCCUAUUUUUUGUAUUUCUCCAAAAACGCCUAUUAUUGUCACAUACACCAAAGUUUAGGCUUUAUAAAUGUAUUUUGUCCAAAAAAAAAUUCAGUAUUUCAAAUUUCCUCUGACAAGAGCGAAAGUAUGAAUGAUAGAUUUGUCUUUACAAUUUAUAUGAAAAAAUGAGAUAUUAUAAAAAUUAAUAUUUGAUGGGUCAAAAAAGCUUACCUCUCUCCUCAAAUUUCGUGUCAGACAAAAAAAGACAGGUGUGCGGUAUUACUAGUCGGCCCCUCUUUGUCUCUUAAUUAAUUUUGAGCAAUAGAUGUGAUUAAAAUGUAACUCCAGAGAUAUGAUUUUGUAGUAAAGGGUUUUGUAUCCUAUCAUUUUCCCUAUGAGUGUGCAACGGUUCGACCUGAUCGACCAAACUCAUGAGAAUCGCGGUUCAAUAGUGAAAGAUAUCUUAUGAUCAAGGACCGGAUCAACAAUAUAUUCAAUUCGUGUUUGCCCCGUCCAAAUGUAAAUUCAAUUCAUUUUUCCAACAUUUAUAAAAUUAAAGAGGCCAAGGACUGGACCAAAUAUGUAAAUGGUUCGGUGUAGUUUAGUCCAAACAUCAAUUUUGUCUGGUGCAAUUUGACAUGGACCAAGCUGUUUCACACCCCGAUUUUCGCACAUAACCCGACUAAAUCUACAUCUCUACAAAUAUAUGAUAUGAGAGUUGGGAGUAGUUUUUGAGUACUUCAAAUUAGGGAUGACAAUUUUGCCCAUACACAUGAGUAUUUUACUAUCCAACCCAAUUGGAUUGGGUAUGAAAUCCAAAUAGAUGGGUAAUGGAUAGAGUUUGAUGGGUUUGUACCUAUACCCAUUUACUUGGGUUGGGUUGGGUUUUUAACAAAUGGAUUUCGAUUUGUACUCGUGCCCAAAUGCAAAUUACAGUUUGAUACCUGAACAUAAUAGAUACGCAUAUUUAGUACCUAAAUUUAAUAUUUUGCAUAUAAGUCCUCAAAAUAUCGAUGAAAGAUUACAUUUUAGUACCUAAAAUUUUUUGGUCUUACAUUUUUGUACCUAAAAUUUUCAAGUUUUGCAAAUAGGUCCAAUUUUUGUAUGUGUAGUUAGAACACCCUCAAGUAAAUGGAUAUCCAUAUCCAACUAAUACCCAUUUAGAUGAUGGAAGCAAUAUCCAUAACUUACUCAAACUCAUCUAAAAACCCCCCAAACCCAUAUAUACCUCAUCCAUACCCUACCAAUUAUCAACGGGUCUACUUGGAUUUGGGUAUAAUUACCCAUGGGUGGAUAAUUGUCAUCCCUACUUUAAAUUUCCUUGACGAGAGCUAAAGUAAGAAAAGUAUAUUUGUUUUAACAGUUAUUUGUCUUAUUUAUAGGAAAAAAUACAUCAAUUCUAGGAUUUGAGCCAUGGUCUUUUAAACAAGAACAUGAAUCAAUACCGAUUACACUAAACAAAUUUGGUAUAUCUAUUUGAACUAAAAACAAACAGAAACCUAAAAUCCUAAAAAUUGCUUACUUUUUCACUACUGUUAACUAGCUCACUAACUCUUGCAUAAGUAUUUAUUUGGUAUUUAAUAUUAUAAUUUUAAUAUUUUUUAUUUAAUUUAAUUUUACGAUUAAAUUAACUGUUGAAUAGAAAUAUACAUUUCAAAUAACAUUUUGACCAACAAGUUAGGGGUCGUUUUGUUUUGGUGAUAUUUAAAUCAAUGCAUUGUGAUCAAUGCAUGCAUUGUAAAUACAUGCAAUUAAAGAAAAUAAUGUAAUUUAGUUUACCUUGUUUAGUUUUGAUGAUAGUUAUUUUAGCAUUCAAAAAGUUGUAUUUCUUUUUUGUAUGAAAUAUCACUUUUAUUCUUGUUUUUAAGGGUUAUAGACGAACACCGAUUUGUAGUAAUUCUACCCCUCUUAAAGUAAUGGAGAUAGACAUAUGUAUUCUACUUGAGGAUACAUACACUAGUUGAAGAUGUUAGACCGAUGAUGAAAUUUUGAAGGGAGAGGGUGUUAAAUUGAGCGGGUGGUAGAGACAUUGAUGAAAAAAGUGGAGGGAACUAUGCAUGGGUGUUCCCGGAAAAAAUUGAGAGUGGUUUAUAUUAUAAAAGUUCAAGGAUAUUAUGUGAUAUAGAUAAAUAACUAGGGAUAUAAUAGGAAAAAAAAAGAAUCAAACAAUCCUCACUAAACAAUCUCAAGUUUUACAUAAGAUAGACAGAUAGUAAUAUCACUCAUUUUGCGUGAUUCUUUCCAUCACAUCAACAAAAUAUUGGAUGCAUUGUUGCAGGAAAAAAACUCAGAAAAAUGAUACAGUGUCGACAAUGCACCCAUUGUAACAAUCCCACCACAUCAGAAGUCACCAACAAAAUACUUUGAGACGAAUCCACAACAGGGACGAGGAGGAUGCUGAGUUCUAGAACAUCUUAUGGAAACUUCAGAUUCAACCUAGGGUUCGUAUCUUCCUAUGGAAGGUAUGUAAGAAUAUCUUACCAGUGGGUGUUAACAUAGAGGAGUGGAUUGAUAACGCUGCCACAGAAUACCCUUUCUGCAAUUUUUCAGAAACCCAACUUCAUGCCCUUCGUGAUUGUGACUGGAUUCGAAGGCGAUGGAAAGAUUGCGACGUGGAUGAUUUGUAUGAGCUGGGAGAAGGAAAAUCAUGCAUUGAUUGGUUAAAGGAGAUCUUUAAAAAGUCCCCAUUGGAGGAAAUUCAAAAACUCUGCGCUAUCAUUGGUUUCUGUGGAAAGAGAGGUGUAAUCAUAAAUACAACAAUCGGAAAUUGGAUGAGUAGGAGAUCAUACCGAGAGAAAUGGGUGGCUGUCCUCGUUCCUUGAAGCCCAGUCCUCACUGUCUGUGACUGCCACUGCUCGUCUGCCCAAAAACGGUGAUCCUCGAAAUUGUCGAUGGCUCCCUCCUCUUGAUGGAGUCUUUAAGCUGAACUCGGAUGCGGGAGUGAUCCAGCAGCAAGGGGUUGGUUUGGGCACCAUUAUCCGCAACUGGAGAGGAUAUUUUGUGGGGGCAAUGGUCAGAAGAGAAAGAGGGAUCUACAGACCAAUUGAAGCAAAAGCUAAGGCGAUGAUGAUGGGGCUGUGUGAAGCAAAUCGAAGGUCGCUUAGCCCACUGAUUGUUGAGUCUGAUUGCCAGAUUUUGGUGAAUUUGAUGAAGAGUGAUGAAGGUCAAGUGGAUGUUCUCACCCAGGAAAACAAAUGCAGUGGCCCACUGGUUAGCUCACGCUGGGUCAGGUUGGAACCAACAAAUGGGUUGGGUCGAUAACCCUCCCAUUUCUCUUCAUUGUAUGCUUGAGGCCGAUAUGGACCGUGGCCCUUUGGGCCUGAACUGAUCAUUCAUUUUAAUAUUAUUCCCCAUAUUUCCUAUACAAUAAAUCAAACGAACCCUUACACUAUGUUCUAGAAAGAAGGAAAAGGAGGGGAAGGGAAAAGAGUGAUGGAAAGUUGGAGAACCAAGACACUUUCCCUAGUUUUCGAAGAGACCUACAGUACGGGAAGGAGAGAAAAUGGAUGGACUAGUUACUGUGUAAGCCUUUCCCCCAAAUCGAAGAGAAAAUGGCUUGGUGGUGCUUUUUCUGACAUUUGCCCAUUCUUUCUUUCUUUUUUUGUUUAUCUUUUUUUUUUUGUUGGGACUUAGAAAUAAAAGCAAACAGGUAUAUAGACUAUUAAUUAGGAAGUUCAUUAUUCUCUUUUACUUUCUGAAGGUGAUGUCUUUUUCAUAUUUUUGACGUGAUGUAUUUAAAAGGUGAUAUACUUUCUUCUUAUGAUAUAUUAUUAUAGUUGACGGAUGAAUAGUAAGCAAAAUUAGAAACCCAAUUAAUCUCCUCAAUGUUGUAUGUUUAUGUUUUUAGUUAUUAAAGUUCACUCAUUUCUAACGCUAAAAUCGACUACUAUUUUGGGUCCGAUAUUCGAUAUUUCUUGUCCGACCGGACGGUACGGUUAUGUUUUUUAAAUAUUGUAUAAUAUAAGUUGAAUAAUUUUUAAUUAAUUUAGAAUGAUUGUGGCUUAAUCAAUUAUUAUAAAGUCUCUAUUUAUAAUAAAGUCUCUAUUUUUAAAUAAUUGAUGUGGUCAAAUCAAGAUUUUAGAACAAAAUACCCUAUCACUAAUUUUUUCUGUACAAUCUAUUUAUAAUAAAGUCUAUUUACUAAGUAGAAUAUUAACAUACAAUCAGAUAAACAUACAAUCAUAAUUAGAAUAUUAACAUACAAUCAAAUUAUUUAAUAAUAAAGUCUCUAAUUCAUAAGUAAAAUAUUAACAUACAAUCAAAUUAUUUUACUGAUACAUAACCAAUUAAAUAAAAUAUUCAUCACACUUCCCAAUACACACUUUACUUCCCACUUUCCUCCAUAAAACAAUAUUUUCCUCUCAAUUCCCUUCGCCUCCUAAUUUUCUAUCACCUCCCCUCCUUUUCUUCUCUUCCUUUGGAAACAUAGUGUAAUAGACUUCAAACUAGUUGAAACGGAAAGGGUUGUAGUGUUAGGUAAAUCACGUGGCACGACACGCGCGGUGGGUGCAAGCCAAACUGAAUGAAGCUUCAUAAAAGGUUUUUUCUUUUUUUCCUACGUAAAUUGUAAUUUGUAGGACCAGACCAGACGAGACCAGAAGAUCGUUGGAUUUUGAAAAAGUGGGGUGAGGAUAAGCAACGUGUAGUGAAUCAUAGCCAUUCACUCCACCAACCACAGUCGCGGUCAGAAAUCGCACCCAACCCAAAUUAUUAUUAACUAAACAAAAAAAAGACAACCAAACUAACAAAUAAAAAAGGCCACCAAGCUGCUCACAAUGUUUUUUACGUAACCAACAGGAGGGUAGAGUCAACGAUCUAGUAGGUACCUACCUGGAAAUUGAAUAUAGCACUUUAUUUUAUUUUUUGUUGUAAUUGAGCGCUUUAUUUGUUUAUUUUUGUAAUUAAGCAUUUUUUGUUUAGAUUUGCUUACGACAAAGAAAAAUGAAAUGAAGAAUUAAUAAAUAGUUAAUUCAAUUCUAUAUAUCGUUCAUAACACUUUUUUGUUAGAAAUGAGUAAAUUUUUAUUAAUGCAAAAUACAAUUUCGUAGUCAUAAUUUUCAGUGACAGUCAUAGACAUAAUUUUCGAAAUAAAUAAAAUAGUCACUUCUGUUCAUCCAUUUAAUGAAGUCAAUAUGACUAGACUAACGAAAAUGUUGAGUUGGCACUGUUUCGUCCCCACCAAUCCAAGUAGAUUAAAAAACAAUAUAAAAAACAUAAAAGCACCAAUACUAUAUGGCAUUGGCUUCAACCUCCCAACCCCCCUCUCUCGUCGUAGUCAAUUAGUCCGCCUUUCACAUCAAUUUUGGAGUCGACCACUACCCUUCCACUUCCAGUGAGAAACUUUGAUGGGCUACCUGGGAAGUAGUUCAUCGUGAAUAAAUCGUCUCCGAGGGGACAUUGGCAAGUAGUUGGAAGAGGAAGACGUGGAAAUCCUAGAAUUUUGACGGCCUAAUUUAGCUAGCGAGGUUGAGUGCGUCAACCGAUGGACUUAAGAAAUUUCCAAUUCAGGGGAGGAAAUUGAGAUCUGAAGGGAGUAGCAAGGGAAUUGCGAGUUAAAUCAGAGCAUGUAGCUAUGUAAGUGUAUUUUGCCUUUUAUUAAUAAUACGUUACUAUAUCCUCCAUGUUAUGUUCAUAUGACCUAUCAAGAAAAUUGAAGGUUGAUCGAUGUAAACAAUGCUUCAUCUCAUAGAAGUUUUUAGAGUUAGCCAUUAUAUGAAGCAUAGUAAUUGCUUCCUUAGGAACAUGUCUUCAAGUUCCAUUGCUCAUUUUAGUGAGGUAGCUUCGAAUACUCCUACAUAAAGUGCCAAUCUGGUCUGAACAGUGUCCGCUUUCAGCAACUUUUGAGUGAUGGACAUGCAAUCUAGCUCUGAAAGUUGGAAUCGUAGCAUGAAAUUGGAUUAUUGGACGGAACUUCCAUUUCCCAUAACUUCUUCAACACAAUUUCCUCAUCUUGCAGCAAGAUUUCAUGUUCGGUCUUAAACUCCACGAGCUAAAACUUGUAUGCAUCUUUUGUUGGAACAUUUUGGGACGAGGGUAUACGUACGAUAGCCUGAGACCGGGUGACCAGGAUUGUGAUAGAGUCGUGAACAACGUUCACUUUUCAAAAAGAAUAUUUCCACCCUCUACAAAGCCUUGGGUUACAGGAAAUUUCUCCCGAUGACAAAACUAUCACCACUUUAGGUUCUAGGCUCAAGAACUCUAAAGCAUACUUAGAAAUUUUUGGAAGAAAGAAGAAGAAUUUGUUUGAUGGUCUGUGGCAUCAUCCACCCCACACAUAUUUAUAGGGGUCGAAUCCAUGCAUUGUUUCAUGAAAGGUUGCCUUUAUCCAUACGAAAGGUUGCCCUUAUCCAUAUGAAAGGUUGCUUCUAUCCAUAUGAAAGGUUAUCCUUAUCCAUAUGAAGGGUUGCCUCUAUCCAUAAAGUUAUCCUUUUCCAUAAAAUAAUGCAACCGCCACUAGGCCAAAGGGAUGUGUCCCUUCACGGAAUUAGAAUAUUGGUUCAGUCGGUCUUAUCCCAAACUGGUUGGUCGGUCCAACCCAAAACCGGUUUGACUUGGUUAGUCCGGUUCAACCAAAUUUCCAACAUUCCUACCCCAUUUUAGUCUAUUAUAGAAUUCACUAAAAUCACAACAUUCUUCCAACAAAACUUAAGUAUAAAUGAAAAUGUCGUGACGAUUGAAUUUUCAUCUUAGUAUAUUACACUUGACGAAUACUCUAAUACAAAGGGUGUCGGUAAAGAUUGAACCCAUUGACUCAUAUGAAUAUUCGAAGAUAAUAUACACUUAAGUUUUCAAACUUCUAAGUGCCUUGACACUAUUAACCGCCAUGUGUCCAAUCCUUCUCAUAAGCGCACACGAAACCAAAGUUCGGGUUUCUUGAAGCGGCUACACUUCAUGCAUACGUAGGUCGAAUCUUUUAUUCGUGUACCCACAUAAUACACUUUGUCAAAGAUUCAAUUAAGAAGUUUUGAACUUCAUCCUCUUCUCUCAUGCAGAUAACAAGCACAUACCUCGGGAUGACAAAUUGUGUGCUUCAAUUUCUGAGAAUGAGCUUUCCACAUUGAAUUCAGCCUCUAACGUUGUAUUAGAGGGGAAUUGGGUUUCCCAUGAUCAGAAAUUAUAUGGACUUUAAAACCAUCCCUUUCACAGGCUUGAUCACCAAGUCACUAGUUAACCACUUCGUCAAAUGAUCAACCAAAUUAUCUCGAGUCUGGUCAUAUUGUUUAGACACAACUCUAUGAAUGAUCAGUUCAAAGAUUUUACCGUGUCUUACUUCCACAUGACCGUACUUGACAUUUUCACUUGACUAUAUGCCUUAGCCAAAUAAGCAUUACUAUCACAAAAGAUAGUAAUAUGUGAGAUUGGUUUAGGCCAUAAAUAUAUGUCAUAAACCAACCUCUCAACAAUUAUGUCUCUUCUCUAAGAGAAACCAAGACCACACAAACUUUGAUUCCAUAGUGAAAUUAGUGAUGCAAGUUUGCUUUCUAGAGGCCCAAAAUAUGGCACCUCUCCCGAGGAAGAGGACCCAUCUCAAUGUUGAAGUAUCACCUUUAACAUGAGAAAUCCAACUAACAUCAACAAAUCCUUCCAAAAUUGAUGGAAAGCCACUAUAAGUUAAUACAGUGUGCGUUUGACAUAUCCUAGUACACGCCUCAUUUCAUUCAAAUUAUGAGAACUAGGAUUCAUAACGUACCAACUUAAUUGUUCUAUCGCAUAUUCGAUAUCUAGCAUCAUGUAAGUCAUGCAUACAUCGAGCCCCCAAUUUGACAUGGAAUACUCCAGUUGUAAAACUGAUUUCCAGUAUUAACCAUAAGUUCCAUACUUGGAUCCAUUGGGGUCUUUAACUCGCUACAAUUCCUACAAUGGAAUUUAUGCAAGUACCUUCUCAUGCAGAAAAAUUGAGAGAAGGACUCUUUCUUGUCCUUCCGCUUGAUUCAAUAUACAGAAUCACAUUUACCUCCCCCAUGUCCUUCAUGGAGAAUUAAAAUAACAACUUUUUAUCAAAAUUCACUUAACUUUUAUUGGUUCCAAAGAUAAGCAUGUCUUAUACAUACAAAUGUACGAUGACUUCAUUACUAGAAUCAUCAUAAAUUGUGUACACAUUUUGUCUCCUUGAUUAAAAAAAACAUAAACCACUAGACAAAAUCACUUAUCUUUGAUUGGUCCCAAAGAUAAAUAUGUCAUCUACAUACAAACACAACGACUCUUCUACCAGAAUCAUCAAACAUUGUAUAUACAAUUUUGUCUCCUUGGUUUAACAUAAACCACAUAGACAAAACCACACCAUCAAACCACUAGACAAAUCCAUAUUUGUCUAGCACUUCGUAAACGUCGAAUAGAGAAUUAGACAAAUUAACCAUUGAGUAUGUGACCUACCCAGAGGGAAUUUUCAUUCUUCUAUUUCUCCAAAUUUACGAAUCAUUCUCCUUACUCAUCUUCGAAUCAUCCCUCUUCCAAGUUACCUUCCUGAUAUGGAAUACACCAUGAGACUAGUACGAAGAAAAAACAUCUUCUACUUCCAUCGAUGAAAUACCCAUCAUCGAAAAUUCUCAUGAUUCCAUAAACCGGAACCGGUUUCUUAUAAAGAGCGGUUCGAGCCAUCGUACCGGAAAAUAUUCUUUUCGAUUGUUGGGAAAUUUUGGGACGAGGGUAUAUGUACGAUAGCCAGAGACUGGGUGACCAGAAUUGUGAUAGAGUCGUGAACAACGUUCACUUUCCGAAAAGAAUAUUUCCACCCUCUACAAAGCCUUGGGUUACAGGAAAUUUCUCCCGAGGAUAAAACUAUCACCACUUUAGGUUCUAGGCUCAAGAACUCUAAAGCAUACUUAGAAACUUUUGGAAGAAAGAAGAAGAAUCUGUUUGAUGGUCUGUGGCAUCAUCCACCCCACACAUAUUUAUAGGGCCGAAUCCAUGCAUUGUUUCAUGAAAGGUUGCCUUUUUCCAUACGAAAGGUUGCCUUUAUCCAUAUGAAAUGUUGCUUCUAUCCAUAUGAAAGGUUAUCCUUAUCCAUAUGAAGGGUUGCCUCUAUCCAUAAGGUUAUCCUUAUCCAUAAAAUAAUGUAACCGCCACUAGGCCAAAGGGAUGUGUCCCUUCACGGAAUUAGAAUAUUGGUUCGGUCGGUCUAAUCCCAAACUGGAUAGUUGGUCCAACCCAAAACCGGUUUGACUUUGUUAGUCCAGUUCAACCGAAUUUCCACCAUCUUAACCACAUAAUAACUUGUAAUGCUCCCAUGCCAUAUAAACUUGUCGACUCCCCCAUGCCUAUGUAAUGGUAUCUAAAGAAUAGUACUCGAGACUUCAAUCGGGAAACAACUCUCUAUAAGUGGAAUAUUCCACAGUUUAGUGUCAGGGUCAAUGAGCUCACUCACUAUGGAACCCACCAAAAACAUGUGUGUUAUUGAAGGGAUGUAUAGCUCCUGGAUAGAAGACACCCAACGAUCACAUCAAAAUAUUUGGAACGAAACUCUUAAGUUUUAAGCAUGCUACGACAUAUGAAGCUAAAAUGAUAAUCCACCCUUGUAUCCAAGACACACAACCAAGUUUGUGAUACUUUGCUCUAAGAAUGCAUGCAUCAAAUGAUUGUGGGCGCUGAUAGAGGCUCCAAAGUUUCUGAGCUAUGAGCACCAUAUUAAAUCCUCAAAGAUACCCCACCACAAGUUCAUAAUGAGGCGGUGCACUUCAUCAAGAAUACCUUCCUAAACUUUGAACACAAAUAUUGCAUAGGUUAAAUGCUUCUAUGCUAAUGAUUUAGUCAAAACUUCUCUUGCUACAACAUAUAACACCUUCUCCUUUCAAUCAUUCAACUCUUUAUGUUAAGCUCAGUGAACAACUCUUUCUUUGACCUUCCAACCACUGUAUCAUGUCCCAAAUAAUUAUCACAGUUAUCCACCAUCUCCAUUAUGAGAAUGCCAGUACUUCCAGCUUUCUGUGCGACUUCAAUUCUCACUAAAUGACAUUCUGACUUUUGAAAACUAAUGCCAACAAAAAAUGUGACAACAAUGGUUCUCCUUUUGUCGGCUACAAACUAUAGAGGUGAUUUUUCGGGACGGCUAAAGAUGUGUACACUGAGAGCCCCUUUGUACAUAGCAAAAAAAAAUGUAUGGUGAUAGGGGGUCUCUCUUAUGCAUACCCCAUCCUAAAUUAAAUCAUUGUGAUUGAUGAUCAUUCAGUAGAACUAAACAAAAUAUCGUUUGAACACACAUCAUAAAUAGUUGGCCCCAACGUUCAACAAAGCCCAUCAUUGUCAUAAAACCUUCCAUAAAUGCCAUUCAACCAAGUCAUAAGCCUUGGACAUAUCCAUUUCGACCCCAAAGUAUCACACGCUUCCUUUAGUCUUCUUUUUCCAUCACGUUGAAAUAUUCUAACGCAUCCAUGAUAUUCUCUGUAAUGAAACAAUUGCGGACAUAAGCACCUUGCGCUCAGGCGAUGGGCUGAUCAACACGAACUAUGUAAAACUUCAUUGUAAGCGGAUAAAAUUCAUUUAUGAACUACAUCCAAAACCAACAUUGUCUCUAAAAUUUGUCAUGAUGCACGCAAGUUGCUAAAUUAGUCAACCAUACACUGGAAAAUUUGUACUACCACAACAAGAUCACCAUGUUCGUAAGUAGCAAUACUCAAUACUAAAUAAAAAUUGUAGUACCACCUGCAAUAAAGGACCAAACUUUAUCAAUAAGAACACCAUUAGCUUCAAGAUAAACACCCACUUUGGUAGCCAAACUCAUCCAUUUUCUUGUGAAUUGUCCGUAGAGAAGGGUGUUAAAAUCAAACUAGCCACUCACACCCUAACUACUCUUCCUUUGGUAACAACUUCAAGGGCAAAUCAGUAAACCCUCAAGCAAAAAGAAAUUGCACAAUAUUUGAGUUAUAGAGCUUGAAUCCCUACUCCCCAUCACCUUCAAAAGAUCAUAUUAUCGUUAACAUUUCAAGACCAUCCUUCGAAUACCCACACACAUAUAUUCAUAAAUAAGAAUCAGAAUAAAACUAGCCCAUCACACACCCAUAAAAACAUUAAUCCCAUAAUUCCUUUCCUACGUACAAUCUUGAGAAUUACAAGCAGUGAAGGAUUGCCAAAAAUUGCCCAACCAAACUAUGUUGCCAGCACUUCACACCAUCAUCACAACCCAAUUUCGAAAUUUGAUUUUUCUUGGGUGCAUAUCAAGGUGACUUCUUAUAAGGCCACUCAUUUUUGUUGUGCUCCAAAUAAGCAUGUUUAACUUUAGAGUUCUUGCAAGAAUUCUUCCAUUUCAUCCCAAAGUGUGUUUCAUAAGUUAAAGUUGAUUUCUUACUUAUGAAUCAGGGACUUGAGGACAUUUGCAGAAGUCAUUUACAAAAUAGUCAUUUGCACAAAUUUAGGCAUUUGGGAAUGUAGACAUUGCAAAUGUAUGGUUUGUUAACAGUUUUUAGAUGAGUCAUUCAUAAAUGGGUAAUUUGUAUAACCUUACCUUUUUGCCCUUACAUUUAAUAUUGCAUUAUCUUGUUUCAUUUUCUCAUAAAACAAACCACGUAACAAAAUCAUUUUGCAACAAACAAAAUAUAUUGAUUACGAGUCAUGGAUAAUACUUUUUAGUUUUAAAUAAUAUUUUAAUGUUAAAUUUCUUUGUAAAAGUAACGACUCCAGAAGUCUCACAUUUGGUCUAAUUACGACUCAUUCUUGAAGGUGACAACUUCGAUAACACGAGGAGCUAGAGUCACGAGAAAAUGAUGGAGACAAUAAGAUGGAUGACACUCCUUGUCACUUGUGAAAUAUGACAAGAAAAAAAAAACCCCAGUGAUAGACGAAAGAAUGAUAGGGAAAAUAAAUAAUAGAAAUGCAAGGAUAAAAGUGAGCUAUGAAAAAAUGACAAGGACAUAAUUGAAAAGAUUGAGCGCCAUUUGGAAAUGACUCAUAGAUAGGAAUUUUCGUAUGAGUCAAAUGACUCAUGCAUUUUUUUGUCAGUAAACCAAAUGACUCGUUCAAAUGACUUCAACAAACGACCCCUUAAUGUCAUCGUUGAGGUUUGUCCCACCAUCGCCCAACAGGGACGCAAAGAGGCUCUAAAUACCACUUAGAACAUCCCUAACCUUUUCUGGACAACAUAUUAUCCGCUUUAAGCCAUUUUAGUGCAUGACAAUGACCAUGUUUAAUUUCGAAAUUCUUACAAGAACUCCUCAAUUUCACCACCGAACGUGUCUCAUCAGUUCAAUUUCUAACUUAAACAUCAUAAUUCACUCUCAUAUUUUGUCGAUGUGAGAUUCACCUAACAUAUUACGCUUAUUUUGAUAUUUCCAAAACAAAUUAUCCCUUCUUUCAUCGAAAAUUUGAAAAAAGCCGUUAUCGCUCAUCAGAUUCUCCACCACCAUUCACUCCCCUUUCAACAAUAAACAGUAACAUGUGGCGGAAUACGGUAUUUGCAACUUCCGAAUCUUUUCUCGUUGUAUCAAAGCAUCUGUGAUCUGCCUACUUCAAUCGCCUUUAAUAGCCGCAGUAGUCCAGACUCUAGACUCCAGUCUAGUUCCUCUCAAAUCAAUCCCCAUAAUCACGAAAAAAUAAAUACUCAUAGUAAUUAAUGAAUAUACUUUUCCCUUUCCUGUUCCCAUAAAUUUCAAUAUACACAAUGAUGCCACCGAUCUUCCUGAGAAUAGUUAUUUAAUAAAAACUAAUAAUAUAUUUAUUAAAUUGGAAGAUUUCCAUUUCUCCCAUCCCUAUUUCUCAGAUUUCACCACCAGUCCCCUAGUUUCCUUUCAUAUCCCCCUCACCUCUCACCCACCGCCAGUGCAGGAGGGAAACCAAAAAAAAAAAAUCUCUCCGCCAAGGUUCAUUCUGCUCUCACUCGAGCGCUCGCUCGCCGACUCCGCAACUCUCCGCGGAGGAGGUGGAGUAGGAGUAACAGAAGGAGGAGAAGAAAGAUCUGCACUCUUCUGUUCUUCUAUCAGCAGCUGAUUCCCCGCUUUCGCACACUCUCGCCUUCCUUUCCCCCCGGCUAAUCUCCUUCCAUAUUCUCCGGUACGUACAAUUGCUCUUACAGAUUCUUCUCUAUACAAGCUUCUGUUUCUGCCGAUUUUAGCAAUUCGAUCUCUUCCGCCUGAGCUGAGGUGAGCUGGUACGGCGAAGCCUCUGGCAGCUUCUUUUUCGAAUCGCCGCCUGCUACUUCUUUCUUACCUUGUUUUAAAAUUUUGAACGAUUAUCCAAUGGUACUUCCUGUUUAGAGACUUUCCUGUUCUCGAGGAGGUUCGGGUGCAUUGCGUUUCAAAACCGUCGUUCGUUCCUUCUUUUCUCUUGGAUUUUGGUUUUCGGCUUCGCCGGGAAAUUAAUUGUAUGUUGUAGUGGGAAGAGGCAAAAGGGUGAAAGUGGUUAGUUACAGGAUUAGUAUUAAUUAACAAUUGGGGUUCUUAUUCGUCGAAAUAAUCUCGUCAUAGUGGAAUUUUGGCAUUGAUAGUGCAUCGUUGACCAAUAUUUUGACGGUACCGAGUCGUAUACUCUAUCCUGAAGCUACAAAAGUGCACUACGUCUCUGUUUCUUUUAUUGUUAUGAAUACGUCUACAUAUACAAAAGUAGGUGGCGUCGGUCAUUUAUUUUCGUACCAUAUUGUAAUUUCCCUUCUGGGGUAGUAUAUGGCAAUUUCGAGUAAAAAGGACAAAGCCUGGAAGAACUUGAUAUGAUUGGAGAGCUGACCGUUUCAGCUUUCAACAGUUGAUUCGUGAUGAUUUUUUUCACUUCAGAUCCCUGAUAUUUCUCUUUUAAACACCCAAGUCCCGUAUAAUUUUGGCUUUAGGGAUUGGAUUAGACAAAAAUUCGUUUUUCUUGGGUCACCGUAUCUUUGUUCGCCGAAUAGCAGAAAAAUAAUAAAAGAAAUUCCGUUGAAUAUAAUCAACGAAAAAUAUAAUCAAUUUAUUUUUAAAUGAAGAAUAUUUAUAAUUUUGCGUCUCUUAAUGACAAAAUUUUCAACCUAUUUUUGUCUAUUUGCUAUCAAGUUGCGUUUUAGUGUUUGGAAGUUGCUACCGUGUUAGCUGUGUAUUGGGUGAUCAAGUUCAUGGCUGUCUAUCCCUUGUAAUUUGUAAAUAUGUUGUUGUUACUUAUAUCUAGGGCCGUUGCUGUCUAUAGCUGCCUUAAGUGGGUUCUACUACUAACAAAUAAAAACAAAGUUACUUUUAGUUU